CGCGGCGGGCUCGCCGUAGGCCCGCGGUGCAGCUGGCGGGCGGGGGCUUUCGGCGGGGUUGUCGCCAUGGUAACCGGCGGCGCCAAUAGUCGCUCUCGGGGCGGCCUUCCCAGUGCCUCCCGUAGAGGCCUCUUCCGGGGCGGGCCAAAGGAGGUCACUUCCGGGGUCCGUCCCGGUUCCCGGCCGUUGCCACGACGACGAAGCUGCCGGCCAAUGGCUGGCGGACGGGCCCAAGGUUCCCGGCGUGCAGCGCGGCUGCCUGAGGGCGGCAGGCUCAUGGCGCCGGCGUCGCGGUUGCUCGCGCUCUGGGCGCUGGCGGCUGUGGCUCUACCCGGCUCCGGGGCGGAGGGCGACGGCGGGUGGCGCCCGGGCGGGCCGGGGGCCGUGGCGGAGGAGGAGCGCUGCACGGUGGAGCGUCGGGCCGACCUCACCUACGCGGAGUUCGUGCAGCAGUACGCCUUCGUCAGGCCCGUCAUCCUGCAGGGACUCACGGACAACUCGAGGUUCCGGGCCCUGUGCUCCCGCGAAAGGUUGCUGGCUUCGUUUGGAGACAGAGUGGUCCGGCUGAGCACCGCCAACACCUACUCCUACCACAAAGUGGACUUGCCCUUCCAGGAGUAUGUGGAGCAGCUGCUGCACCCCCAGGACCCCACCUCCCUGGGCAAUGACACCCUGUACUUCUUCGGGGACAACAACUUCACCGAGUGGGCCUCUCUCUUUCGGCACUACUCCCCACCCCCAUUUGGCCUGCUGGGAACCGCUCCAGCUUACAGCUUUGGAAUCGCAGGAGCUGGCUCAGGGGUGCCCUUCCACUGGCAUGGGCCCGGGUACUCAGAAGUGAUCUACGGUCGUAAGCGCUGGUUCCUUUACCCACCUGAGAAGACGCCAGAGUUCCACCCCAACAAGACCACGCUGGCCUGGCUCCGGGACACGUACCCAGCCCUGCCACCGUCUGCACGGCCCCUGGAGUGUACCAUCCGGGCUGGUGAGGUGCUGUACUUCCCCGACCGCUGGUGGCAUGCUACGCUCAACCUUGACACCAGCGUCUUCAUCUCCACCUUCCUCGGCUAGCCAAAACAGCUGGCAGGACUGCCUGUCACACACCAGCACGUCCCACCUCGUGCUCACGGAUUUUAUUACACAGAUAGUGGCGGCAGUGGCCUCAGCCCAGCCCACCCUCACCUGCUUUUCCAGCCCACGAAGGGGGACGAUCACGGCCCAGCAAGAGCGAUGCUGAGAGGGGGAAACAGUCCAGAGUCCAACAGCAGAACUUGGGGGAAGGGGUCGGGGUGGCCAGGAGCAUAAACUAUGUAUAGGGGCCGGGGGCUUCUGCCCAGGGCUCCCCUGGACCAGGACGCCAGGCAGGGCAGGGAACCUCAGUAGUCCUCCACCCAGCCAUUCUCAGAGAUGAAUGCGUCAAUAACCUCCUUCAUAGCCAGGUUGGGGAUGAGCUGUUCCUGGGUCAGAGGGCUCCGGGUCACGGGGUCAAAAUGACCCACACGCUGCAGUGACAAGAAGGGCAGAGGGCAGUCAUGGGGCCCAGGACCAUGCCACUGGCCCUGCUCCCCCCAGCCGCAGCCUCACCUGCAGGUGCUCCUCAAUGUCCUUGCGGUCGUAGGUGAUGCCACUGGGCGUGAUGCACGGCUCCCGCAUUAGCUCAAAGCUGAUCUUGCCACACAGGUAGUCGGGGAUGUCUCGCUUCUGUGGCACAGGGGCACACGGUCAGAGGCUGGAAAGGGGCACUGCUUCAGCACCUGCCAGCCAUCAGCAGCAAGCGACAGACACUCACCUUCCUCUUCUCGUCCACCUGAGAAAAGAGCUCGUCCAUGUCCGCCAUGUACUUGUCCUGUGAAGAGUUGAGUUGAGUGCUGCGCUUGGGGGGGACACCCCGCCUCCCUCCUCCAUGGGGCACAGACCCAACACAAGGCGGGGAUGCUCCCACACCACGCGCACACACACAGACCCACAUGUGGGUGGGGGGCACCCUCACGUGCUUGGCCUCAAUGCAGGCCUGCUGGGCCCGGACGUGGCUGUCGUCCUCAUCACCCUCGUGGUUUCGCUGGCACUCUUCCAGUUCCCUGGGGGUUUACCAGGAGCCAGUCAGAGAUGGACCUGGCCAGAUGUCUGACCACACCCCAAUCUCAGGGCUAACAUCCACACUUCUUUCCCACGUUUCCUGCUUGCCAGUAAAGCCUUCGAUAAAC